AUGUGCCCUUGCGCCCUGCCCGGCCGCCCUCCGGCCGGCUGUUUGUGCAGCAGCCACGGCGGCGUUGGCGGCGGCGGAGGCGACGGAGGCGGCGGCGGCAGCAGCCCGGGCAGGGCGCGCGUCUCCGGAGCUCAGCUCACCGCGGCGCGCCUCCAGGCGAUCGGCGAUGAGCUGCAGGCGCGGACGGCGGCGCGGAGGGCGGCCAGGAGCCGCCGCGCCUCCGCCGGCACCGGCCUGGCCACUUCCUUGGCGUUGCUGGCC